AUGCCACAAACGGUUCCAUCAGCCAAUUACGGUUCGCCAUAUUGCGACUAUUCUGCAUUCACGACAGAUUUUGAUCUUUCACUACUUCCGGCCUCGCCGGAAAGUCAAGUACCACUUUCACCGACAAAUCUAUCACCCUAUUCUUACUUGUAUCCAUGUUCGCCGCCGCCCAUGUUUUCGACAAAUUUCGACGAAGAUGGUAUCAUGUGCGAUAGUUUGGGAUUCGUAGACGUCAAGGGGAAAACAACGACGGAUAUUAAAACGGAAUAUGACGACGACGACGACGAGGGCGACGACGAACCCCUUCAGACUCCUUUGAAAAAAACAUCAGGAGGAGGAGUAGGAGGCGGCGGUUGUUGUUUCUUCGAGGAAAACGUUAAUUUUAAUGAUAAAACAAACGACAAACAAUACGAUGGAUAUUACGUUAAAAACGAUGAGAAAACAAUCGGACGAAAUGAAUUAUUGAUACCGACGACAGUACAAACAACAACAGGAAAUUAUUAUCCGCUAACGAUCAAACAAGAGCCGAUGAGUUACGGGCUCGAAUAUGGACACCAUAACAAUCCUACGUCACCGUAUGCCAUAAAAACGGAAACGACAAUCGAUUUAAAGGAAGCUCUGAAAGAAACGAAUUUCACGAUAAAAUACGAAUCAAAUCAAUACACGACCCUUCGUAACUUAUUGAAAAAUCCCUGCACGGAAGAAUCCCCACCCUCACCACCACACUUACCAAGACCAUCACCGAAUCCACCGGAAGAAACGACGGAAGUCAAAAGAGAUCAUCAAUUAUUGCGUAGCGUUUUGAGAGAUACGUCAUUUCAAAAGAAAUUCAACAUAAAAUCUUUUGAUUUAACAAAAGUACCUUCUUUCGACGAUUCGAACCUCCUUCAUAAAGAUAUUAAAAUGGAAGAAGAUGAUGAUAAUAACGGGAGUGCGAAACAGCAACAACAGCAACAGCAGCAACAAACGACGGAAACGAAUGAAAUCGUUGAAGAAUUAACGAGUGAAAAAAUCGAACCUGUUUUCAGUUUGGCCAUUGAACAAAUUCGUAAAGAUGUCGAUAAUACCUGUAACCUUUUAGGAAUAUCAAGCGAUCCGACACAAUGGACCGAAGAUGAUGUUAAAGCAUGGCUUAUAUGGACAAUAAGACAAUAUUCACUUCCGAUGAUUGAUACAAAUUGUUUUAAAAUGGACGGCGUGACAUUUUGUCAAUUAACGGAAAAUGAUUUUCAACAGAGAGCACCCCAGAGUUCCAGCACUCUCCAUGCACAUUUAGAAAUAUGGAAAGCAGCAGGGAAUUGUGGUGAUUGUUCUUCUCCUCCCUCUCUUCCUCUUCCUCCUCCUUCAUCUUCUUCUUCUUCGACAAUGAUAAUUCCGAAUCAAGAUCUCAGCACUGUACAAUGGUCACCAACGAUGCAUUCAAGCGGUUCCAGCACUGGAGGAGAUUUAUCCGACGACGAUGAUGAAGAUAUGGAUUAUUCAACGUCAUCAUCAUCACCACCACCACCCCCAUCAUCGUCGAAUAAAUAUUUAAUGAAAGAUAAUAAUCAGACGAUAAAAACGACGACGGCAAAGACAACUUCCGGUACGCAUAUACAUUUAUGGCAAUUUUUAAAAGAAUUAUUAUCGUGUCCGCAAUCCCACGGGAGUUGCAUAAGAUGGUUGGAUCGUGAAAAGGGAGUUUUUAAAAUAGAAGAUUCCGUACGUGUCGCUAGACUUUGGGGUAAGAGAAAAAAUCGUCCGGCAAUGAAUUACGAUAAGUUAUCAAGAUCCAUAAGACAAUAUUAUAAAAAGGGUAUAAUGAAAAAAACGGAAAGAUCUCAAAGGCUCGUUUAUCAAUUUUGUCAUCCAUAUUGUUUAUAA